AAGGAGGAGUCUAGUAACAACGUUUCAGAUUACGAAGGCUUUUGGAAAACAUUCGCAGAAUUCACUCAUUCCUUUCUCACUUCACGUUUUCAGGGAACGUACUCGAAUCAAUUUACUGCAUAAGUUUUGUGCUCAGCCCACACUGGAAAACGGAAAGCGUGCCGUGCAAGAUGAACGGUGCAGGUCUUUUUUUGUUUCUCUCUGCAGUGGUUCUGCUCAGUUCUGCUCACAAAUGGGACAAUUACGACAGUUUUAACAAGCACCUGAAGACGCACAUCGACAAGGCCAUAGUCGAAGCAAAUAUGAAAUUCAGUGCUCACAGGCGACACAUUAAUUUUCACCGCCUUGUUGGUCGUCUAUCGGUCACAUCUCAGAACUACUUUGUCAAUGUGAUGUUACUCCCCACCAUAUGUGCUAAAAAUGAGACUGAACUAAGACAGCGCAAAGACUGUCCAUUUCAAGCCAAGCCGACGAUGGUGAUUAACUGUGUUGUGUGUAGUCGACGUGGUGGUACGGAACUUGUUAACUGUGUAAAGCAUUUGGACGUGAAAAAGUCAAAGGAGAUUCGAGCUGAGUGCUCAGAUGACCACAACACUGGGGGAGCAUCCAUCCUGUCCCUGAAAACUAGCCAUAAUGAGCAGCCAUUUGGAUGUAUUGGCUGUGUCUGACACUAUGAUGUCUGAAAAUGCACGUUUGAAGCGGGAACAACACAAAUUCUAAAUGUAAAGGAAAGUUGAGUGUUGAGAAUAAGUAAUAAACCUGUGGUAAAUCUGCUUUACAUAUAAAAUACAUGUAAGACAUGGAGCAGACUCUUGGAGGAUGUGCUUUUCAGUACAACAAAAUAACAGUCAUUAAUCCUACUGUCUUUGUCUGUGCAAGCUUGUUUUAACAUCAUUAUGAAAUACCUUGUUAUCAAUACUCUUACAUUUUCACAAUAUAGUGUGUUUCCAGUGUAAAAGCUAAACAUGCUUUGGACUUUGGUAUAUUUAAAUGCAAAUACACCUGCUGUAGCUGUGGUUGCAUUUUUAAACAGGUUUGUAGCAGUUAAUAUUCUUAAAUAAACAUUUUAAAGCAUU